AUGGGGCAGAAGACCUGCCAGGUGUUAGCGGACUUCGUGACGAAGCUGGCGGAUGGCACCUUGCAGGGCGCGGACGCUUCGUGGCCGACGCACGGAGCGAUUCUGGUCUUCAUGCCCGGUCUCAUCAACGCCUUAGCCCGCCGCAGCUCCGCUUUCAAAGCGCUGCCGCUGCACGGCGCACUCUCAGGCGAACAGCAGCGCCGAUGCUUCGAAACCUUUCAGGUGCGCAAGGUCAUUGUGGCCACCAACGUGGCGGAAACCUCGGUGACGCUGUCCGGACCUUGGAGCGUCAUUGACACCUGCAGGGAGCGGCGGCUCACGCGGGAACACGGCCACAGCUCCUUGGCGCCGGCCUUGUUGGAACGCUUUUGCGCUAAGGAUUCCUUGCAGCAACGCAGGGGCAGAGCUGGCCGGGUGCAGAAGGGCGUGUGCUUCCGCUUGGUGCCACGUGGAUUGGGCGGCAUUUGGUUUUUUGUGGGUAGCUGA